UGCGUCGCGCUCUGGCCCACUCUCCUCCCGCCACCAUCUUGGUUCUGCGCUCUCCACACGAAAUGCCUGGUGAAGCCACAGAGACCGUCCCUGCUACAGAGCAGGAGUUGCCACAGCCUCAGGCUGAGACAGGGUCAGGAACAGAAUCCGACAGUGAUGAAUCAGUACCAGAGCUCGAGGAACAAGACUCCACACAGACAACCACACAACAAGCCCAGCUGGCUGCAGCAGCUGAAAUCGAUGAAGAACCUGUCAGUAAAGCAAAACAGAGUCGGAGCGAGAAGAAGGCGAGGAAGGCUAUGUCCAAACUGGGUCUUCGACAGGUUACAGGGGUUACUAGAGUCACUAUCCGGAAAUCUAAAAAUAUCCUCUUUGUUAUCACAAAACCAGAUGUCUACAAGAGCCCAGCUUCAGACACCUACAUAGUUUUUGGAGAAGCCAAGAUUGAAGAUUUGUCUCAGCAAGCACAGUUAGCAGCUGCUGAGAAGUUCAAGGUUCAAGGUGAAGCUGUUUCAGAUAUUCAGGAAAAUACUCAGACUCCGACUGUACAACAGGAGAGUGAGGAGGAAGAGGUUGAUGAGACAGGUGUGGAGGUUAAGGACAUAGAAUUGGUCAUGUCACAAGCAAAUGUGUCACGAGCAAAGGCAGUCCGAGCCCUGAAAAACAACAGUAAUGAUAUUGUAAAUGCUAUUAUGGAAUUAACAAUGUAACUAUUUGACAGCAAGGACACUUCCAUUCUCCUCCUCCUCUCUCCGGUUUUUGGUGUUUCCAAAGUGGAACUACAGCUUGGUUUGAAAUUUGUACUAUUUCUAUCACUAAUAAAGCUAUGGCUUCUUGUUGGAUGAAAAAAAAAAAAA